AUGCAGGUACAGAAACAAUUACUUCAAUUCUAUCUAUCUGAGUCUGUUCAUAUCUAUCUAUCGAUCUAUCUAUCUAUCUAUUUAUCUAUCUAUCUAUCUGAGCCUUCUGUUCAUAUCUAUCUAUCUGUCUAUGGUCAUUAUCUGUCUGUGGUCAUUAUCUAUCUAUCUAUCUAUCUAUCUAUCUAUCUAUCUAUCUAUCUCAGUCUGCUCAUAUCUAUCUAUCUAUCUAUCUAUAUCAGUCUGCUCAUAACUAUCUAUCUAUCUAUCUCUCUAUCUAUCUCAGUCUGCUCAUAUCUAUCUAUCUAUAUCAGUCUGCUCAUAACUAUCUAUCUAUCUAUCUAUCUAUCUCAUGCUCAUAUCUAUCUAUCUAUCUAUCUAUCUAUCUAUCUAUCUAUCUAUCUCAGUCUGCUCAUAUCUAUCUAUCUAUCUAUCUAUCUAUCUAUCUAUCUAUAUCAGUCUGCUCAUAACUAUCUAUCUAUCUAUCUCUCUAUCUAUCUCAGUCUGCUCAUAUCUAUCUAUCUAUCUAUCUAUAUCAGUCUGCUCAUAACUAUCUAUCUAUCUAUCUAUCUAUCUAUAUAUAUAUAUAUAUAUAUAUCAGUGUGCUCAUACCUAUCUAUCUAUCUAUCUAUCUAUCUAUCUAUCUAUCUAUCUAUCUAUCUAUCUCAGUUUGUUCAUAUCUAUCAAUCCCUUGUGCAAGGUGUCAUCAUGGCCGAUACAUUUGGGGAUGAUCUUUUCGACGUUUUUGAAUCUCAACCUGAUAAUGCUAAAGAAACGAGUCAACCAGUCCAGGAAGAGAACAAUCCAAAUACUGAUAACAAAAGAGCCGAAGAUUUACUUCGAAGUAUUGUUCAGAAGAGAGAGUCUCCAGACAGCAGCAAAGAUGAUACACCAUCAAAGAAGCACAAGGCUGACGAGGAUCUCACACUGGCCCCUGAAAUCAUGCCACGAAUCCAAGUUCAUAAAGUUGAAACUUUGGAGUCCUGCACCCAUGAGGUAGCAAUUCCACCUGAUGAAGAAUUUAUCCCUUUGAAGCCUCCACCAGAAAAACCUGCUCAAGAGUUUCCAUUUAUUCUUGAUCCUUUCCAAAAAGAAGCUUUGCUAUGCUUGGAGAACAACCAAUCUGUGCUUGUUUCAGCUCACACAUCUGCAGGAAAAACUGUCGUUGCUGUCUAUGCCAUUGCAAUGUCUCUUCAGAAAAAGCAGAGAGUCAUUUACACUUCCCCUAUCAAAGCUCUCAGUAACCAGAAAUACAGAGAAUUGUUUGAAGAAUUCCAAGAUGUUGGUCUCAUGACUGGGGAUGUUACCAUCAACCCCACAGCCAGUUGUCUAGUUAUGACCACUGAGAUUUUGCGAAGCAUGUUAUACCGAGGAUCUGAAGUCAUGCGAGAAGUGGCCUGGGUCGUUUUUGAUGAAAUUCAUUACAUGAGAGACAAAGAGAGAGGUGUUGUAUGGGAAGAGACAAUUAUCUUAUUGCCUGAUAAUGUUCAUUAUGUCUUUCUCUCUGCUACCAUUCCAAAUGCCCGCCAAUUUGCUGAGUGGAUAUGUCAUCUACACAAACAGCCUUGUCAUGUUGUGUAUACUGAUUAUCGACCAACACCAUUACAACAUUAUAUAUUUCCUGCUGGUGGGGAUGGCAUUCAUCUUGUAGUAGAUGAAAAUGGUGAAUUCAGAGAAGAAAAUUUCAGUACUGCCAUGCAAGUCUUACAAGAUGCUGGUGGUAAUGCAAGAGGAGACAUGGGUCUGAGAGGACGGAAAGGUUCCAUCAAAGAUAAUUCUAAUUGUUACAAAAUUGUUAAAAUGAUUAUGGAGAGAAAUUUUGCACCAGUUAUUGUGUUUAGCUUCAGCAAGAAAGAUUGUGAAGCAUACGCACUUCAACUUACAAAGCUGGACUUCAAUUCAGCUGAAGAUAAAAAACUGGUGGAGGAAGUUUUCAAUAAUGCUAUUGAUAGUUUAUCUGACAGUGACAAAAAACUGCCACAGGUUGAAAAUGUACUUCCAUUGUUAAAAAAAGGUAUUGGCAUUCAUCAUGGUGGACUUUUACCACUUUUAAAGGAAACAAUUGAGAUUCUCUUUGCUGAAGGUUUAAUUAAGGCCCUGUUUGCCACAGAAACCUUUGCAAUGGGUUUGAACAUGCCUGCAAGGACUGUGCUCUUCACGACGGCUCGUAAAUUUGAUGGCAAAGACUUCAGAUGGAUCACUUCUGGGGAGUAUAUUCAGAUGAGUGGACGGGCUGGUCGUCGUGGUAUUGAUGAUCGUGGUAUUGUCAUUCUUAUGGUUGAUGAGAAAAUGAGCCCUGGUUCUGCCAAAACAAUUGUUCAAGGAGAACCUGACCCUUUGAACAGUGCAUUCCACUUGACCUAUAACAUGGUUCUUAAUUUGCUUCGAGUUGAGGAAAUUAAUCCUGAAUACAUGCUGGAGCGAUCUUUUUACCAAUUUCAAAAUUAUGCUUCAAUUCCUCAACUUUUAGAAUGUUUGCGAAAAUGGGAGAAAGACUACAGUAAUUUGACUAUUCCAAAUGAGGAUCAAAUUUCCACUUAUUACAAAAUCCGACAACAAUUAGACAUUUUGUCUAGUGAAUUACAAAGUUUCAUUACAAAGCCUCAAUAUGUCUUACCAUUUCUGCAACCUGGCAGACUUCUCAAGGUGAAAAAUGGAGAAGAUGACUUUGGAUGGGGUGCUGUUGUCAAUGUACAGAAGAAAGCUAAUCAGAGUAAAUCUGAAGCUGAAGUUCAAUAUGUUUGUGAGGUUCUACUCCACCUGAGCCCUGAGACUGCACAUGCCAGCAGUAGUGCAUCAAUCAAACCUUGUCCUCCAGGCAAAAAAGGGGAAAUGCAGGUUGUCCCUAUCUUGGUACACUUGAUUCAAUCCAUCAGUUCUGUUCGACUUUAUAUACCAAAGGAUUUACGAUCACCAGACAGCAGACUAAGUGUACUGAAAUCUAUUCAGGAAGUUUUACGUAGGUUUUCUGGUGCCCUCCCACUCUUAGAUCCAAUUGAUGACAUGGGAAUCAGAGAAAAAGGCUUAAAAGAAGUAAUCAAGAAAAUUGAAGCUUUUGAACACAGACUUUAUUCACAUCCUCUGCACAAAGAUCCACAACUUCAGGAACUUUAUUCACUCUACGAACGCAAAGCUAAGAUUGCUCAGGAUAUCAAAUCCAUUAAAGUAGGUUUGAAAAAGAAAAAGUCUUUACUGCAAAUGGAUGAACUGAAAUGUCGUAAACGUGUCUUAAGACGACUUGGCUAUGCCACUUCUUCUGAUGUCAUUGAAAUGAAAGGAAGAGUGGCAUGUGAGAUUGACAGUGGGCAAGAGUUGCUUUUAACUGAACUUUUAUUUAAUGGUGUCUUCAACAAUCUGACAGUCCAACAAAGCUGUGCUCUCCUCAGUUGUUUUGUCUGCCAAGAAAAAUCUUCAGAAUGGCCAAAACUCACAGAAACUCUUGGUGGGCCACUUCGAAUUAUGCAGGAUACAGCCAGAAGAAUAGCAAGAGUAAGCAAAGAAGCGAAAAUUGAAAUGGAUGAAGAACUUUAUGUGGAUUCUUUUAAGCCUCACAUGAUGGAUGUGGUUAAUGCUUGGUGCAACGGAGCUGAAUUUGCUCAGAUUUGCAAAAUGACUGACAUUUUUGAAGGAAACGUGAUCCGAAUUAUGCGCAGAUUGGAAGAAAUGCUUCGACAAAUGUGCCAAGCUUCCAAAGCUAUUGGCAACACAGAAUUAGAAACAAAAUUCUCAGAAGGAAUUGGAAAAAUCAAAAGGGACAUAGUCUUUGCUGCCAGCUUGUACUUAUAG